CUAGAGCCAGCAUAAUCUGGCAGAACUAUUUGCACACCACUGGGAUGAAGCUUUUGCAAAUUUCUGGAAUUUAAAUCGACCCUGCUGUCUUUUAAAUUUAAAACCUUCAAAGUAACCCAGAGUUGGACCAGCGUUGUGACUGCCUGAAUCAACUGAGUAGAACAACAUGGCAGCUGAAUUAGACAUUGUGAAUCUGAUUAUAAUUGCUGGGGGAACACUGGCUAUUCCCAUUUUGGCAUUCGUUGCUUCCUUCCUUUUGUGGCCCUCCGCACUCAUUAAAGUGUACUAUUGGUACUGGAGGAGAACUCUGGGUCUCCAGGUCCACUAUGCAGACUGUGGAGGCUACCGCUUCUGUUAUUCUUGCCGAGGAAAGCCAGGAAUGAGACCUUCCAUUUUGAUGCUGCACAGCUUCUCUGCUCAUAAAGACACCUGGCUCACACUUGUCAAGUACCUCCCAAAACAUCUGCACAUCCUGUGUGUGGACAUGCCAGGCCAUGAGGGUACGACACGCACCAACACAGAGGAUUAUUCCAUUGUGGGUCAGGUCAGAAGGAUUCAUCAGUUUGUAGAAACCAUUCGCUUAAACAGGAAACCUUUUCAUAUGGUUGGGACCUCCAUGGGGGGAAAUGUAGCUGGGGUGUAUGCCGCCACCUACCCUUCUGAAAUUUGCAGUCUGACUCUUAUUUGUCCAGAUGGUAUCAAACAUCCAUGUGAGACCAAAUUUGAUAAUCAUCUGCAAGACUUGGAACGUAGUAAUUACACACUGAAUAUUCCACUGAUCCCAACCACACCGGAGGAGAUGGAGGACAUGUUCAGACUGUGUUCACAUGUUCGCUUCAAGAUUCCUCAGCAGAUUCUCCAAGGAUUAGUGGAUGUCCGAGAGCCUCAUAACUCAUUUUAUGAAGAAGUGUUUCUCGAGAUUGUUAGUGAGAAAUCCAGAUAUGCCUUACAGGAACACUUGCAUCUCAUCACUGCACCUGUACAAGUGAUAUGGGGCAAAAAGGACCAGGUGGUUGAUGUGUCUGGAGCUGAAGUCAUUGCAGAAAUCUUGCCAGGAUGCAGAGUGGACAUACUGGAGAACUGUGGCCACUCUGUGGUGAUGGAGAGGCCUUGUCGCACAGCCAAACUCAUGCUACAGUUCAUUAUCCUGCAACAAGAAGCAAGAGGCGGCACAAAAAAAUCAACCUGAAAUCAAAUUGUGCGCGUGCGCAUGCGUGCUUACUGGUCCCAUACUGAUUUUAAUGAAACUGUAGGGAGCAAAGUUAGUUACUGCGGGCGGGGCUAUAUGAUAUGAGAGCCGACUGAACUUUGUGCAUCAGUACAAGUCAACUUCACAGUGAUUUUUCAAUUCUGUAUGCAACACAUUCAGAUUGUUGUUUGAUUAGAAUGUUAUAGUUUAGUCAAUGGGUGAACAAUAAAGGGGCAGCACAGUGUUCGAGUGUAUCUGACUGUACUGGU